AUGGGUUCUCAAUCUUUGCAGGAAGAGCAACAAGGAAUUAGAAACAAACUAGCUAUAGAAAAUCGUGGACUUACAUGGGAUGAUACAAGGCAAAUGUCACUCUCUGGCAGGGUAAUCCAAGAAACUUUGAGGUGUGCAAGCAUAGUGUCAUUCACAUUCAGAGAAGCUGUACAAGAUGUUGAGUUGGAAGGUUACUUCAUUCCCAAGGGAUGGAAGGUCCUUCCCCUCUUGAGAAGCAUUCAUCACUCUGCUGAUUUUUUUCCUCACCAACAAACAUUUGACCCUUCAAGAUUCGAGGAGAAAAGUCAAGAGAUCCAAACAAUUUCAAAUGAAAAGGGCUACAAAUGUUGAUCUUCGCUUAAGCCAAAUGCUGGCUCGCUUAAGCCAAAUUAUAUGGCAGUAGCAGUGGCAAGUAUGUUGAUCUUCGCUUAAGCCGAAUGUAGCCUCGCUUAAGCCAAAUUACAGGGCAGUAGCAGUGGUUCUGGAAGACAAUUUGGCUUAAGCGAGAAAUGGUCUCGCUUAAGCUGAAAGACCUUACCUGAACAUGAAGAAAUCUCCUCGCUUAAGCGGAACCUUUUUCAGCUUAAGCGGAACUGUGCCCUGUUUAUAAAAGGCUCGACCAAGAUCAGAAAGGGAUGAUCUUUUGACCUAUUUUGGACUUUUGAGAGAGAAAACUUCAGAGAGAAGAAGGGAGGAACUUUGGGAGCUUUGAUUCACCAUCCAUCAAGCUGGAAUCAUCACCGAGGACGGCACGGAUCAUAACUUUCGUCUUAGUUCUUCUUGUAAGCAUAGCAUCCAUGUCUAUGGAUAGCUAAACUUCUCUUUGUUGGGAUUGGGUGUAAUACUUGAC